UAUAUGCAAAAUUUUAAAAAAUUACUCAAAAAAGAUGAUAAACCAUUACAACAAAUUGGACUUCAAGAGUUAGAAAAUUGUGGAAUUAACCUAAACAAUAGUGAUAUUGAAGAUGAUUUUAUUUUUUUAAAAGAUCAUAUCUCUGGGCCUCUUAUAAAAGGAUGUACAGUUCCUCAAUACUCAAUAUUGAAAUUGAAUGGAAUGAAAUUUGAAGCACAAAAUAAAGCAAAUAACUGCUGUGGUGUAAAGAAUGGAAGAAUCGUUAUAAUAGAAAAUAUUUGUUAUAAUAAAGAUAUUAAAGAUUAUGUCAUUGUUGGUAAAGAAUUUAUGAACAAAAAAUCAUUGUAUUCACUUCCAUGUUCGUCAUCAUAUUUAGGCAUCUUUGAAGUCUCAAAACUUUCACAUAGGAAUAUGUGGCCAGUUAAAAAAAAUAUGUAGUAAUUGAAUUCAAUGAUGGAUUACAACUCAUCCCACAUAAUUGGAUUUUGUUCAAGCAAUUACGGUCUUAUUUCCCAGACCUCAAAAACAUAAGUUCAAAAAAAUAUGACAAAAUGGUAUUCAAUGCUGAACCAUACAACCCAGUAUGGAAAACAUAUAAGAUAAAUAAAAUUUGGGCUUCAUCAGAUGAUUUUAUCAGAGCGAAGCAAAAACUUAAACAAGCUAUUGAACUUUCAGAAACAGAGGAUCUAAAUUCAGAAAAAGAUGAAUACUUUUCAAAGUAUAAAAGACGUAUAUUGGCAGCAAAAAAAGUAAAACGUUUAGUAGAAUUUUCUCCAAAUGAUAAUAAACAUACUGCUAACAAAUCCAAAGCAAUUAUUUCUCAAACAUUACCGAAGCAUCCAUUUAUGGAACCACUUGAUGAUCAAACUCCGGAGCAUUUCAAAAAUAAUAUUUCAACUUCGUCAACUAAUAAAAGUCCUAAACGCAGAAUGUUUUCAAGUCUUAUAAACCAGUCUUCACCUUAUUUGAGUACACAAUCAAAAAAAUCUCAAUCUAAUAAAAAUGAAAAUGGUUCAGAAAAUGUUGGUUCAAUUACAGUUAUCAAUAACUAUAAUGACCUGUCUGCAAGUAGCUUAACAGAAAACAAUAAUGUGAUUUUAUCUCCAUCACUGUUGAUUUCUCCUGUGACUCCACCUAAUUCAAAAAUUAAUUCUGUAGCAAAAAACCUCUUUUCAUCUCAUCCAUCCCAAUCUCCAGCCAUGCAGCCAAAAAAAGUUGGGUAUGAUAAAACUUCACAGCUAUAUGUCGUUACUAAACUGACAGAAAUGAAUACCAAAAUAAACAAACUCGUUUUAGAUAUGUCUAGGCAAGAGGAAUUACUAAAAGAUGUUUUAAAAAUUGUUAAGUUUCAAGAUAAAAGUAUUGAUGAUAAUGAUGACUAUGGCGAUGAUGUUUUACUUGAAGGAUUUCCUAUUGACGACUUAGACUCUUUAAGAGAAAUUAAUUUUACUCUAAAAAAUGAUGAUGUGUUCCGUAAAAAACUG